GGCGGAGAUGCUGCGCGCCGCGCUGGGAAGAGGGAGCGGGCUCCGCGGCGGGCUGUGGAGGAGCCCGUGCUCCGCAGCUGUCGGCGGCAGCGCCGGAGCCCCGAGCGCCGCCUCCGCCUCCCCUGGCAGCGGCGGCGGGGCUCGGAGCGGAGGCGCUUCCCCGGCAGGUGCUGGUAACGUAAAGCCAUUGGAUGGUGUGAAAAUUCUUGAUUUAACAAGGGUGCUUGCAGGACCCUUUGCCACAAUGAAUUUGGGAGAUCUAGGAGCUGAAGUUAUCAAAGUGGAAAAACCAGGAGCUGGUGAUGAUACAAGAGCCUGGGGUCCACCUUUUGCUGGGAAAGAAAGUAUUUACUUUCUCAGUGUCAAUAGAAAUAAAAAGAGUAUAGCUAUCAACAUGAAGGAUUCAAAAGGAGCAAAACUAAUCAGAGAGCUUGCAGCAGCAUCUGAUGUUUUUGUGGAAAACUACAUCCCUGGGAAACUGGCUGAAAUGGGUUUAGGUUAUGAAGACAUUAAAAAUAUUGCACCUCACAUAGUGUACUGUUCAAUAACAGGUAUUUUUUUUUUUUUUUCAAUUAUGGUCAGUUAUUUUCAAUUGUGUUCAUGAUUUCCUUUAUUCCAGGCAAAGUGGUAUAAAAAGUCAUACAAUUACUUAGAAUUGUGUUAUUUGGAUGUCAGUUAAGAUAAAUUAAAAGACAGUGAGUUUGUUCAAUUCAGAAAAAGAAAUAUAGAAAAACUGGGAGGCAGCAACCACGUCAACAGCUUACAAGCGGUUCAGUGUCGUUACCAUGCCACCCUCACGUGUUCCUGUUGAUUCUGAAGGAGAUGGGAUUGGCUCCUUGGAUUUUGCUUUGAA